AUGGGGGGCGGCCACUCGCACCUCGUCCACCCCGGCCACGCCCUCAGGCGAGCCACCUGCGGCUCCGUCGGGGCGACGUGCGCGCUCUGCGGCGGCCGCGUCGACCUCGGCGAGGCGGCCUACCGCUGCACCGCCGCCGAGUGCGCGUCCUUCUUCCUCCACGACGCGUGCUACCGCUACCCGGAGAGGAUCAAGAGGCACCUCUCCGGCCACAGCCUCGCCCUCACCGCGCGCACCGACGUCGCCGCCGGCGGCUGCACCGUGUGCGCCAGGAGCCUCGACGGCUUCUCCUACGCGUACAGCUGCAGCCAGAGGAGGCACCUCGGCUGCGGCGGCUUCCGCGCGCACCCGCGCUGCGGAAACCUGCCGCCGAAGGCCAGCGCGCCGUCGCACGGCCACCAGCUCGUCCUGCGCGCGCCGGGCGGCGGCGGCGGCGCAGGCCGCCGGUGCGUCCAGUGCAGCAACCAGGCCAGCGGCGGCGGGCAGGCGCGGCCGUGGUCGUACCAGUGCGUGACGUGCAAAGACAAGGAGCUCUGCCUCACCUGCGUGUUCGGCGGCGACGGCGCCCUGAGCUGCUGCUGCUGUAGCCAAUGCGCGUGCGGCGCCGGCUGCGCCGUCAUUUGCGCCGGCCCGGCGGGGUUCGUCUUGGGACACUUCCUCCAUAAACUUUUCCGGGGAUGCACUGGACUCCCAUACACUUAA